AUGGGCGCUUCCAGUCACUUCCGUCUUGCUUGGGCCGUGCUGACGACAGGCUUGAUGACUGCAAUGGGCGACAAAAGCGAUGAAUCUCUCGUUGCACUUCCCGCCGUCUUUGAAGUGGACUUGCUGUUCCCUCACAAUGCAACUUACGCUCCCAGCGCGCUGAUGCCCAUCCUGUUUGCGGUGCAGAAUCCGACUCUGGCGCCGUCGUCCGCCACAAUUACAUUCGACCUGUGGCGAGGCAACGACACGAGAUCGCCAGGCUCUGUCGGCAGCGUACCGCUUGCCCUCAGCCUCGAUGUGGCCACCGAGCGACAGAGGUCCAACGAGCCUCUCCUGCUUAACGCUCCCGUCAACACCAUUGCCUACCCGGACGGCGUCUGGACCCUCGCCUGGAGUCUGGAGUACUUCAACUGCUCUACAUCUCAAGGCAAGGCGCGCAGCGAAACGUUCUACACCGUCUUCACCGUGAGCAAGUCUGGGCAGGCACCUGACAUGAAGGCGGGCACAUCCGCCGACGUCUGCGGCUCCUCGGCAGCCCUGGCAUACAACGUGACCUCUUGGGACGAGCUCGCAUGUGGCAUGCCCGGGCCCAGCCCGACCACAAACCCGUGCUCGGUGACGGUCGAUUCUGCAGCCGUGUCCAGCCUGUCCGCCUUGGCCAGGGCCACGGGCUACGUCUGCUCUCCGAACUCGAACAUCACAUGUCCGACUUCCUUUUCCUCAUCGGGCAGUCCUCGAGUGGCAGCGGUGUCUACAUUACUCACGCUGUCGGCCGCCCUGACUGUCCUGAUUCAGCUUCGAUAG